AUGGACGCGACGGUGAUCACACCGCGAUAUGACUUGGAUCUUGCAGGGCUCUGGAAGCUGGUCUUGGUCUACGUGACGAUCUGCGCAAUUGCGCAGGUGGUGGCACUCCCCGUGUCAUGGAUGCUGUUCCCAAGGGUGCGGGAUCCGAAGCAAGUCCGUGGCGAACCGGGGGGUGACCUCUGGGCUGCAGAUGCGAUUUGCUUGCUCCUCUUCAGCAUCGCGCUGCUCCCAAGUGCUCUUGGAUCCAUUCAUCUCCUGUCGCAGAGCGUGGAUGCACGCUGGAACGGCAGUUGCGUUUCGUCCAUCCAUGGCUGUGUUUUGCUUUGCACCCGGCUGUUGGUUCACAUCCCGUUCCUGUUUUGGAAGGGCAUGAAUGCAACUCGCAAGCGCAUCCUUGUGCAUCAUGUCAUGGUUAUCCUGGUCUACGGAACAGGACUGGUAAAAGGCAGUAUGCACUUCUGGGGUGCCAUCGCAGGACUUUGCGAGUCUUCGAACAUCUUCUUAGCAAAUGUGGAGCUUGUGAAGUGUUGCUCAGAUGUGCAGCGGCUGAAGCAGAGCUUCCUCUACAAAUUGAACUCCGCAUUCCUCACCUUGGCAUACAUCUGUUGUCGACUGGUGCUCUUCCCGGCAGUGCUUGCGGCAUUGCUCACGGAUGCAUAUACCCACCCCGAGCUCACGGUGCGGGGCAGUGUGAUUGAAUGGGUCUUGAUGCCGAUGGCCAUCUGCUGCGUCUGGGGCAUGUCAGCCUUCGAGUUCCGGAACAUUUUCGAAGGAAUGUCAAAGGCAAUGGACUUGAAGGUGAAGAGUGCCUCCAGCUUGCUGCAGCUAGAGAUUUGGUUGGCAGUGUUGGGCUUGCUAGUCGGCCAUUGCCUCUUCUGA